AUGCGGCAAAUUGCACAUAUUAUUAGAAGUCGAAAUCGUGAUACAGUGCGAGCAUCGCACGAGUGGGCGAGCAGCGGACACGCGUUUCAAUUGGCGCGUUUGGUAGCAAUAAACGAUGUCGUCGGUCCAGGGAGCAAGCGACUGAGGUACCGUAUCCAUCUACCGGCGAGCGCCUCCGGGUCACUUCCGGAGCCCGGCCGUGACGUCACGCCCGCCCGCCGCGCCGCUCAAACACUGCCAGCUCACGGCUGCCCGCCUCAUCAUUUACCUUACACUUUU